AUGGAUCCAUCUUCAAUACAGACGAAAGAGAAACCGAUUGAGGAUCCCAACGCCCUUUACCUCGAGAAAGGUGAAAUCGUCGACGAUGUUACCUACGAUGCCGUGUUUGGAGAAAUCACGGAUGAAGGGCCGAACUACCGGAAUGUUGGCUUUUUCGGAACGGUGGUUCUCAUGAUGAAGACGCAGAUCGGGCUGGGUGUUCUUUCCAUACCAACAGCCUUUGAUACCCUCGGCAUGGUUCCCGGCGUGAUCGUACUCAUCGCGAUUUCCUGUAUCACGACAUGGUCCGACUAUAUGGUCGGAUCUUUCAAGUUGCGUCAUCGCGAAGUGUAUGGUAUUGAUGAUGCCGGGGCGUUGAUGUUUGGUACACCGGGGCGGGUCGUUCUCGCAGCCGCCUUUUGCUUGUACUGGAUCUUCGUUGCAGGCUCCGGUAUCCUCGGGAUUUCGAUUGGCCUAAAUGCAGUCUCCACGCAUGGUGCCUGUACCGCGAUCUUUGUGGCGGUUGCCGCGAUUCUAGGCUUUGCCUGUAGUAGCAUCCGAACCCUUGGUAAGGUCACUUGGCUGGCAUGGAUUGGACUGCCGUGUAUUCUAAUUGCCAUCCUCAUUGUCACUAUCGCCGUUGGCGUUCAAGACCGCCCGCCCACCGCACCACAAACGGAUGGUCCCUGGGUUGCGGACUUCAAAAUCAUCGGCAAUCCGACCUUCGCUCAGGCGAUCACCGCGGUGAGCUCACUCGUUUUCGCAUUCUCCGGUACUCCCGGGUUCUUCUCCAUUGUGUCUGAAAUGCGCGACCCUCGCAAGUUCACUCCAGCACUGCUUAUCUGUCAAGCUGUUGUGACUGCGGUCUAUAUCACGAUUGGCUGUGUAGUAUAUUACUACUGUGGAUCCUAUGUCGCCUCACCAGCCCUGGGCUCAGCCGGUGGAUUGAUUAAGAAGAUCGCCUAUGGACUUUCCUUGCCAGGUUUAAUCGUUACUACCACUAUUGUUACUCAUAUCCCAGCGAAAUAUAUCUUCGUCCAUCUGCUUCGCGGCUCCAAACACCUCAUCAGUAAUACCGUCACGCACUGGACCGUUUGGCUCGCCUGCACCCUCAGCAUUACCGUCAUUGCCUAUAUUAUCGCCAGCGCGAUCCCAGUGUUUGACGGACUUGUGUCGCUCAUCGGAGCCUUGCUGGGCACGAUGAUGUGCUUCCAACCGAUGGGUUGCAUGUGGCUCUAUGAUAACUGGCACAAGCGGAGGGAGGGUCUCGCCACGAAACAAUGGUGGUUUAUGGUUUUCUUCAGUGUCUUUGUAGUCAUUUCAGGAACCUUCCUGACCGUGGCUGGGACCUAUGGAUCCGUCGUUGGGAUCAUGGACUCAUACAAAACAGAAGGUGGCUCAGCUGCCUUCACCUGCGCGGACAACUCUGGGUCUGUGUGA